AUGGCAUACCUGCUGCUGUACGUCGAUGACAUCAUCCUGACGGCCUCCACCGCUGGUCUUCUUCGACAGCUCACCGACAAUCUUCGCGCUGAGUUCGCGUUGAAGGAUCUUGGCCCGCUCCACUACUUCCUCGGCAUCGAGGUUGUCCGGCGUGCGGACGGAUUCUUCCUCCAUCAGCGGAAGUAUGCCCACGAGCUUCUCGAGCGUGCAUGGAUGCUUAACUGCAACCCUGCGCCUACUCCUGUCGACACGAAGGCCAAGCUCUCCGCCAGUGAUGGGUUGCUAGCGUCUGACGCGCCGUUCUACCGCUCCAUCGUCGGUGCUCUUCAGUACUUGACGUUGACGCGACCGGAGCUCCAGUAUGCCAUGCAGCAGGUGUGCUUGCACAUGCAUGCUCCUCGGGAUGCUCAUUGGGCCGCGGUGAAGCGGAUUCUCCGCUACGUAUGUGGUACCAUGGGCUACGGCUUGUCGUUGCAUGCUUCGCCCUCGACGUCGACUGAGUUUGUCGCCUACUCGGACGCGGACAGGGCGGGCUGCCCGGAUACGCGCCGCUCCACCAGCGGCUACUGCGUCUACCUCGGCUCGUCGCUCGUCUCUUGGUCCUCCAAGAGGCAGCCCACCGUGUCUCGCUCCAGUGCUGAGGCCGAGUACCGCGUCGUGGCUAACGCUGUGGCUGAGUGCACAUGGCUUCGUCAGCUUCUGUCCGAGCUCUCUUGUCCUGUUGACAAGGCUACGGUGGUCUUCUGCGACAACGUGUCGGCUGUCUACCUCUCCGCCAACCCCGUGCCGACCCUUCGACUGCGGAGGGGUGUUGAGUAA